AUGCGGUUGCUGAACUGCCAGCACCUGCCACAGCGAGUUCACAGCGGCGGUACACAUUUACAGUUGAACCGUUACUUACGUGAAAAUGACCAUGAGUUGCAUCGCGAAGCACAUGGACGAGAUGGCUGCUGAAAGCGCUGUUCGGCCGAGUAUCGAGUCCUCGUUGCAUACGUAACGAACCGAAACUGGCGGCCAGAGAGCAGCGGUCGACUUUGGCCGAGGCCAGCGACGGCGAACGGUCGUCUUCGCCCGCGAGGAGGAGGAAAUAGAAAAUGGUUCAUCGGAUCGGAUCAGCCAUGGACAUGUGAGCGUAGCGAAGAUGGAAUGACCGUAAUCUGUGUCCAAGGACAGAUUGGGCGAUGGCGACCGAACGACUACGGACGUUGA